UGACUUGAAGAGCAUUUAAAACACACGCUGUACCGCACUUGUUCGUCAAAAAGUCGACAACACUUAGAGUUUAUUCAUUUUUGUAAUCAUAACUCUUAAAUACUACUUGUCAAAAAAAAAAAUUAAGAAUAGCGAAGAGACAAAGCAGGAUCCAUCAAAAGGUUAAUUGAGAGAGCAAAAUCAUGUCGAAAAGUGUGAAGCCAAUGCUUCUAGGAGUAUUAUUCGUCUGCCUCUUUUCAAAUGCACUUCAAUACGACUGCCCCCUUGCCUUUGAGACAGUAGAAGGGGGAGCAAAAGAUACAUGCUACCAGUUGCUAGAUGUGGGCAGAAUGGAGUACCCCAGUGCCAGCAUGUAUUGCCUCAUGUCUAUUACUACAGGGGAUGCAGUCGCACAGAUUGUCACUCCAAAGACACUUGGAGAGCUUGAGGCGCUGGUGAAAUUUGCUGUGUCCAAGGGCAUUUCAACUACAGGCCAGCCCGGCUUCUGGGUCAACUACCGAAGGGAUGAGCCAGCUCCAUUGGAGGAAGACGGAACCUUGUCUGCCAACAAUUCACUCAUCCGAAAAGACCGAUCGCAGUUCGUUGACCGAACCGAACGCCAGGUGAUGCCAGAUGAGUUGUGGCGAUCUGCAUCGCAGCCAGGAGAUCGGACUGAUGAGCUUGACGAGCAGUGCGUAGCCCAGGGCUACCCUGGAGACCCAAAUCAUCUAGGACUGGACGACUUCGCUUGUGUAGGAUCUGAACUGCACAAUGCUCUUUGCGAAGCGAAGGUAGGACCAGCACAGGCAUAAGGAAGAACUACGGAUGUAUUGAUUGUCUCAUGUAUAAGAACAACGGAUGUAUUGAUGGUCACAUUGAUGACUCAUCUGUUGUCGGCGUCAACGCAUCGUAACAUGGAAUUUGGGCGUUUUGGAAUUCAUGCUGUUUUGGGCUUUAUCCAUUUCUCGAGAUGACUUACAAAUUUCAUUUAUAUGGCAUUGCAUCUAUUUUAAAUCCUAUAUAAAA